AUGAGGUGGCCCCACUUGGUUCUCUUCAGCCUUCUCGCAGUCUGCCACGUGCUGGCUGAAGACUCACAAAAUGCUACCUCGUCACAGUCUUCUGAGAACUCCAGCGAGGAGGCCACAGAUGAAAUCCUAGAAGAAGACCAUGUCCUCGUCCUGAACAAGAACAAUUUUGACAAUGCCCUACGUACCUAUAAGUAUCUGUUGGUUGAAUUUUAUGCCCCGUGGUGCGGCCAUUGUCAGGAACUCGCUCCAAAGUACAGCCUUGCAGCGGAAGCCCUCAAAAAUCAGACAGCAGAGGCGCGACUCGCCAAAGUGGACGCCACAGUUGAAAAGGAGCUCAGUGAUGAAAUUGGUGUCAGUGGUUACCCCACACUGAAAUUCUUCAAGGAUGGAAACAGAACCGGCCACAUUGAUUAUGGAGGCAAGAGAGACACGGAUGGCCUUGUGAAGUGGAUGCUGAGACGGAUGGUUCCUGCCACUGUAGUCAUUAAUACUGUAGCGGAGAUAGAAGCGUUUAUCACAUCUCAUGAAUAUUCAGUGAUUGGUUUCUUCAAGGACUCUGCAGAUGCCGAUUUAAACCUAUUUCUUGACGUAGCAUCAAACUCUGAAGACUUCAGCUUUGCGAUUGCACAUAAAGAAGAAAUAUUUCAGAAAUAUGGCGUCACUAAUGACAAAGUCAUCUUAUUCAAGAGUUCUACUGAAAAGUAUGAAUAUGAGGCGGACGAGGAGUUGGGAUUAGACAAAGAUGAACUGCACAGAUUUCUAAUGGUUAACACCAUGGAGCUAGUCACAGACUACAAUGAUCAGACUUCAGAGAAAAUUUUCGCAGCCAAGAUUCCAAACCAUUUAUUGCUGUUUAUCAAUAAGACUGAAGAAUACCAACUCCAGCUCAUUGACAACUUCCGUGACGCAGCCCCUGAGUUUAAAGGAAAAGUUCUCUUUGUGUCAAUCAAUUCCGACGGACCCCACUCUGGAGUUCUGGAAUACUUUGGACUCACCAAUGCCGACGUCCCAACCAUCCGCUUUAUUAACAUUGAGUCUGUGAAGAAGUUUGUUUUUAAUGCAGAGAAAAUAACCGCAGAGACGGUGAAAGAAUUCUGCCAGGGGGUUAUUGAUGGUAAAAUAAAGCAAAAUCUGAUGAGCGAAGAACUUCCAGAAGACUGGGAUAAGAAGCCUGUGAAGGUUCUCGUGGGGAAGAACUUUGAAGAGGUUGUGUAUGAUGAAACAAAGAACGUCUUUGUGGAGUUUUAUGCCCCUUGGUGCACUCACUGUAAAGAGCUGGAACCUAUCUGGGAAGAGCUGGGAGAAAAAUACAAAGAUCAUGAGAAUGUUAUCAUCGCUAAAAUCGAUGGCACCGCAAAUGAAAUUGAUGGGCUGAGAGUGAGAGGUUACCCAAACCUGAGGUUUUUUCCUGCCGGACCAGAUCGAAAGAUGAUUGAGUACACAAAAAAUAGGACUGUGCAGCUGUUCUCUCAGUUUAUUGACAGUGGUGGAGUGUUACCCGUGGAUGAAGAGGAAAAGAUAAUAGAAGAUUUAAAGAGAGAUCCAAAUGACAUUAAGGUAGAAGAUGUAAUUCCAGAGAAGUCAAAAGAUGAACUGUAGAGACGGCAACCUAAAUACACAACAGCAAUGGUGGACUCUUGUGAGGAAUUUCCACAGCACCGAAAAAUAAAGUGGUGUUUACCAAGUUAUAUAACA